AUGUCACAACAGGUUUCGCCCGGGGUAAAUCAGCCAUCGUUGCACGUGAGUACAAAUGGUACUCCUCGACUAGAACGUAAUGAAAUACACAACUACUUCGAUAAUCCGACACCCAGUGUCAACAAUCGAUUAAAUAGACCAGGUACACCUCAUACAUUUACUGUAUCCCCAGAAGUAGGCCCUUCAUAUGGUAGACCGUCGAGUCAACCGUUAGAGCCUCUCUAUGCUAGAGCACAGUUUCAGCCACAGUUUAAUAGGUGUCAUCCCACAGAUCCAAAUCCGUUCCAUCAAAAUCAGUUUUCAUCGGUACCAUUCGUUCCGACACAACAGCAAUCAGCAGCCAGGCAGGUAAUUCCAAAAGAACUCCCGUUGUUUUCGGGGGAUCCAAUUGACUGGCCCCUUUUUAUAAGUAGCUACAAACAUUCUAACGAAGCAUGUGGCUAUUCCGAUUCGGAGAAUCUUCUGCGCCUACAACGCUCGCUUAAAGGAGCCGCGAAGGAGUCGGUUAGUAGUUUCCUUCUCCACCCAUCGACUGUACCGCAAAUCAUUUCCACUCUACAAACGUUGUAUGGGAGGCCUGAACAGAUUGUAAAUAAUAUGGUUACCAAAGUACGUGCGACUCCAGCUCCUAAAGCAGAAAAGCUGGAAACACUAAUAGAAUUUGGGUUAGUCGUUCAAAAUUUAUGUGGGCAUUUGAAGGCUAUCGGUAUGGAAAACCAUCUGUCCAACCCUACCCUUCUCCAAGAGCUCGUCGACAAACUCCCAGCUACAAUUAAAUUUAGUUGGGCGCUUUAUCAAGAAAAUCUACCAGUUGUCGAUUUGAGUGUUUUUGGUGACUAUAUGAGGAAAGUUAUAUCCGCAACCAGUAGUGUUACAAAUGUAUGCAUGACCGUGAAAAAUACAAAGGAAGAGAAACCAAGAUUGAAGGAAAAAGCAUAUGUAAACGCCCACGCUACGUUUGAUUCGGAAUCGACUAGUGCCCAACUCAAGUGGGGACAACGAGAUGUACCAAAGAGUAAAGACACUGAGCGAGUUACACGCUGCCCGGCUUGUAAAGCAGCGAACCAUGCCGUAGCCAACUGUUCCUCUUUCAAGGAUUCAACAUUAGACGAACGUUGGAAGGUGGUGAAAGAAAAUAAGCUGUGUCGCAGAUGCCUUGUUUCACACAAUCGCUGGCCAUGCGAAGGUGAAGUAUGUGGCCUUUACGGUUGCACAAAGCGCCAUCAUCAACUCCUACAUUAUGAACCCGCCUCUGUUGCCACUACCAAUGCUACCGUAAGCAGUCAUCGACAGCCUGUGGCUGACACAUUAUUUAAAAUAUUACCUGUGACAUUGUAUGGGAAAAAUAAAUCUGUCGACACCUAUGCGUUUCUGGACGACGGGUCAUCGGUUACAUUGGUAGAAGAGACAAUAGCAGAUGCGCUUGGAGUGGAGGGGAAAAUGCAAUCCUUGUGCAUCCAGUGGACCAGUGGGAUCAAUAAAAGUAUAGCUAAUGCCCGAAUGGUGAAGUUCGGAAUAUCCGAGCUCGGUUCCUCGAGACGGUUUGAUGUAUCAGAAGUUUAUACCGUUGAGAACUUGGGAUUACCACAGCAAUCGUUAGAUUUCGGUAGUAUGAUGAAGCAGUAUGGGCAUUUUAGAAACCUGCCGGUCAAGAGUUUCCAAAGAGCUGUUCCUGGCUUGCUGAUCGGAUUGAAUAAUUUCCAUCUCAUGGCAACAACGAAACUUCGUGAAGGUGGAGUAAAAGAGCCAAUCGCCGCGAAAACGCGUAUCGGUUGGGUAGUUUGUGGAAAUGUGCGAGAGAGAACUGAUCAAUUCCAGCAUCGGCAGAUGCACAUGUGUGCUGGGACAAUAGAACCCAACUUGCACGAAUACGUCCGUGAGUUUUUCUCGGUGGAGGGUCUGGGUGUUUCUGUGGCGCCAAACUUGGAAGGGAUUGAAAUUCAAAGGGCUCGCCGAAUCCUCGAAGGAACGACAGUGAAAACAACCAGUGGAAAAUACGAAACUGGGCUAUUGUGGAAACAAGACAUAAUUGAGUUUCCGGAUAGCAGACCGAUGGCUGAACGUCGACUGAAGUGUCUCGAGAAGCGUCUCGAAAAGGAUCCACAGUUGUAUGAAAACGUACGGCAUCAAAUAGCGGAUUACCAGGCAAAGGGUUACAUCCAUACGGUAACGGAAAGUGAAAUGGCUGAGUUCGAUCAUCGCCGUACUUGGUACCUUCCCCUUGGAGUUGUUUUAAACCCUAACAAACCAGGGAAAGUAAGGGUAAUAUGGGACGCAGCUGCGAAAGUUGACGGUGUUUCGCUAAAUACCAUGUUGCUGAAAGGUCCUGAUUUGCUGACUCCACAGUUGUCUGUUACAUUCAAGUUUCGUGAACGAGAGGUGGCAUUCUCUGGCGAUAUUCAGGAAAUGUUUUUACAGAUCGGUAUCAGGAAACCGGACAAAAGUGCUUUAUUGUUCCUGUUCCGUAAUUCAUCAUCCCAGCCAAUGAUUACGAUGGUAUCGGAUGUGGCGAUCUUCGGGGCAAGUUGUUCUCCAGCUCAAUCACAAUUUGUCAAGAAUUUGAAUGCAACAGAAAACGAGCGAGAAUAUCCAAGAGCAGCAGCAGCAAUCAGGAACAGACACUAUGUGGACGAUUACUUAGACAGCGUCGACACAGAGGAAGAAGCAAUUGAACUUGCUUUGGAAGUGGCGGAGGUUCAUAAAAAGGCGGGGUUUCACAUUCGGAACUGGGUUUCGAACAGACCCAGAUUACUAGAUGCGAUAGGAGAGAUCAAUCCAGCAACCGUCAAAGAUUUGUCGUUGAACAACCAAAGUGGAUUUGAGCGGCUCCUUGGGAUAUCUUGGAUGCCGGAAGAAGAUGUGUUUUGUUUUGCGCUGAAACUACGAGGGGCACUGAUUGUGCAAGGAUCAGAUACCGAUGAGCAGAUACCGCAGGAUAUUUUCAAGGCAUGGCAACUCUGGCUACAAGCACUAGAAGGGUUGAAUGACGUGAAAAUCCCUCGUUGCUACUUUCCGGGAUACGACCGCAACUGUUAUGAUGACCUGGAGCUGCACAUAUUCGUCGAUGGCAGUUCACAGGCAUAUUCCGCUGUUGCUUAUUUUCGUGUCCAGGACCAUAAACAAAUUCGAUGCUCUCUCGUUGCUUCGAAAACUAAAGUUGCUCCAUUAUCCUUAGUAUCAAUCCCACGGUUGGAACUACAAGCAGCGGUUAUUGGGGCGCGUCUCCGAAAAACGAUUCAAGCAGGACAUUCAAUCCAAAUCAAGCGUACGUAUUUUUGGAGCGAUUCCACCACAGUAAUAUCGUGGAUUAGAUCGGACACUCGUCGAUAUCGGCAGUACGUUGCAUUUCGAGUUAACGAAACACUAAGUCUUUCGAAAGUCGAAGAGUGGCAGUGGUUAGGAACAAGAAACAAUGUUGCUGAUGAAGCAACAAAAUGGGGUAAAGGUCCAAGUUGUAAACCAGAUAGUCGAUGGAUGCAAGGACCCGCGUUUCUCUAUAAAACAAAAAGUGAGUGGCCGAAUAGCAAAGGUGAGGAGUUGGAAGGAACAAAUGAAGAACUACGGGCUGCUUACGUGGGCAGCCACUUUCUAGCAGUCCCGAUUAUCGAUGUUGAACGAUUUUCCAAAUAUGAGCGACUGUUGCGAAGCUUAGCGUACGUGUACCGUUUCCAAGACGUUAGUCAGCGACAGAGUGGAGAUCCAAAGGAGCUCACCAGUGAACAGUUACAGAAAGCAGAGCAAAGCCUGUGGCGGCUUGCGCAAUCGGAAAGCUAUCCGGAAGAAGUAGCUUCUUUAAAGCAUAACACCCAGUUAGCGAAAGAACAGCAAAAGGCGCUGGAUAAAAGUAGUUCUAUAGCAAAACUACCUCCUGUACUCGACGAGCACGGAGUUCUACGAGUAGAUAGCCGCAUUACAGCUGCAGAUUAUGUUGCUUACGACACCAGAUACCCCAUAAUUCUUCCACGGGGUCAUCGAAUUACUUAUCUACUACUGGACUGGUAUCACCGCAAAUAUCGUCACGCUAACAACGAAACGAUCGUGAAUGAGGUUCGCCAGAAAUUUUACAUUGCUAAGUUGCGAGCUAAAUUGCGUUCUGUAACACUAAAUUGCCAGUGGUGCCGCGUAUAUAAGUCAAAACCAAUAGCACCAAGAAUGGGUCAGCUGCCUCCGAUGCGAGUAACGCCAUUCGUACGACCUUUCACAUUUGUAGGCAUUGACUACUUCGGUCCUUAUUUUGUUAAGGUAGGACGAAGUCUUGCCAAGCGCUGGGUUGCAGUCUUUACUUGUCUCACUAUUCGUGCGAUACAUCUGGAAAUAGUCUUCAGCUUGACAACGGAUUCAUGCAAGAAAGCAAUUCGGCGGUUUAUCUCCUGUAGAGGAGCACCACAGGAAAUAUAUACGGAUAACGGUACCAACUUUGUUGGCGCUAGUAAAGAGCUGGAAAGUGAAAUACGACAAAUUAACGUGACGAUGAGCAGUACGUUAACUGAUGCGAAUACGAAAUGGCGGUUCAACCCUCCUUCGGCUCCCCACAUGGGUGGAUGUUGGGAGAGGAUGGUACGGUUAGUGAAGGCGGCAUUGGGAGCGUUACCUUCAUCACGAAAGCUAGACGACGAAUCCUUCAUGACGUUGCUAUCGGAAGCAGCUCACAUGGUUAAUUCGCGACCAUUGACUUAUGUGCCACUGGAAAACGAAGAAAAGCCAGCAUUGACUCCGAAUAACUUUCUCAUGCUAAGCUCGAAUGGUGUUCGACAGUUGACCAAGGUUCCCGUAGACGCCAAGGCGGCCAUAAUGGACAGUUGGAAGCUGUUACAACUCAUGCUGGAUGUUUUUUGGCAUCGGUGGAUAGUCAAAUACUUGCCAAUGAUCUCCAGGCGGACUAAAUGGUUCCAAGAGGUACCCCCAAUCAAAGAGAACGCGCUUGUUAUGAUAGCAGACGAAGGAGUACGAAAUCAGUGGCUCAGAGGACGUGUUAUUCGUACCUACCCAGGAAAAGAUGGGGUAGUACGCCGCGCGGACGUGGAGACAUCCUCUGGAGUUUUGCAAAGACCAGCUUGCAAACUUGCAAUUCUCGAUAUUAUUGGUGAUCCUGAAGUCGCAGUAGACAACCGUGAAAAUGCGAUGGUGUAG